AGUAAAAGAGAUGGCAAGAGUGCUGCAAGGUCUUGGCUAUGUUGUCUUCAUGAUCAUGGUGGUGGUGAUGGCCGGAGAGGUCUCCGGCAAUUGGCGGAUGAUGGGAGAUAAUGAUGACUGUGGAGGGACCUUCGGUAUUCUGAUAACCGAGUGUCAGAAGUAUGUGGGGAUUCCAGGCCCAAAAACAGAUCCAUCAAGUGGGUGUUGUGAUGCAAUUCAGAAAGCAGAUGUGCCAUGUGUUUGUGCUCACAUCACUCCAGAAGUUGAAAAGAUCAUCAGCAUGGAGAAGGUCACAUAUGUUGCUGAGAAGUGUGGCAGAGCUCUCCCUCCUGGCACCAAGUGUGGAAGUUAUACUGUUCCUCCAAACAUAUGAUUAUGGAUGGAGAUAAAGGAGGCGCUGGGUAUCAGAUAAUUAGAGAGUUUCCUGAAUAAAAUGCUGCAUGUGAACGUAUGGAUGGAUGGUGACUAUGAAAUGCUUGUUUAAUGGUCCACCUAAUAUCUGUGUUCUUUGUUUUUGUGUAUCUGUUAUCCAGUUGCAUUUUAAAUAAAGUAGGGGCAUAAGAAU